AUGGCGACCGAUCCGCCCGUUAAGGGUGGCGUAGGUUCCAUCGUGUCCAACACCACGCGCAAGGCCUACGACAAGGAAACCUUCGCGGCGCUGGUGGAGUGCUGCACCAGGCUGUUCUGCUGCGACGAGGAGAUCGUUAUUGCAGAUUUGCUGCUGGCGGUGGAGCGUGCGAUCACGGAGCGUGACAUAGAGGCGGAGUUGGGACUGCCAGAGCGUAAGGUGCACGAGUUUCUAGUGAGGCUGGAGCGUCACGGCCUGGUGAGCAAGGUCACCACUGGGCAGACGUCAGACAUCCUCGCUAAGCCGGUGCGUCAACCAAAGAGCUCUCGCGACAUCCUGCCUCCGCCACCCCCGAGCAGCGCGCAGACCUUUUGGAGGUUGAGCAGCUACUUCAUUUUGGCAGUGCACUACAAGCUGAGUAAAAUGGAGGAAACGCUGCUGCAGCGCCGUCGAGUUCUGCACGAGUGUGACCGCUUUGUGUGUCCAUCCUGCAACACCGUAUACGACAGCCUGGAGGUGCAGAAACUCGAGAUGGACGGGUUCGACGCGCACUUCAUAUGCUACUGCGGCUCGAAGGUCGAACUUGAUGACAAAGACACCAAAGAUUCCAUCUAUUCAUCGCAACAGAAACGCUGUGAGGAGCAGGUCAGGAACCUGAAGAAGUGCCUGGCUGCCGCCUGGGGCAUGGAGAUCCCGCAGUACACCGUGUUCAUCAGGGGGAAAGAAAAGACACUUAAAAAGGAGGAAGAAGCACCGGCUCAGGACAGCACCGCCAUGAGCGCGGUGGGCGGAGCGUCUAGCGUGGCGAGUGGCACUAGUGACACCAGCGAAAGCGUAAACGCCGUCCAGGCCAAGCCCAUUGUCCAGUCGCUGCUUGCUGAUGUUAAGAGGCACACCGUUACCAGCCUCUCCAACAGUGGCAAAACCAGCAAAAUCAAGUUCCGCAUGAACAACAUGGUCAAGCAAGGGACUGAAACAACCGGACAGGCCACGCUGGCUACUAAGCCGCUAAGUGAAGCGUCGUCCGACGCCCAAGCCGAGACGAAGCCGCAGGAUUCCGCACCUGCCGAGCAGCCAGAUGUGGUGGAUGCGAACGAACAGAUGGAGAAGGCCGAGGACAUAAUGUUCUAUAUUACCAAGUUGGGACGAUCCUUCCCGCUGACGGAGGCGCAAGAUAACCAGCAGCACAUGAACAACGAGGAGUUUGAGAACUUCCUGGAGCUCCAGGAUAGGUAUCUCAACUUCCUCUAA